CUAUUCGGUCUUUCGAGUUCCGAGCCGGAAGUGCAGUUGAGCUGCUUAGUAUUAGUACUAGUUACUGAGAAGAAGAUAAAGAUGACUGGGAACGGCGGCAGCGAUCCUAGGCGACCGGGAAAAGUGCUGAGGUACAAACCUCCCACCACUGAGAACUCACCCACUCUAGAUGAUCCCACACCGGAUUAUAUGAACCUUUUGGGAAUGAUAUUUAGUAUGUGUGGCUUGAUGUUGAAGUUAAAAUGGUGUGCAUGGAUUGCUGUAUAUUGCUCUUUCAUCAGUUUUGCAAACUCACGAAGCUCAGAAGACACCAAGCAAAUGAUGAGCAGCUUUAUGUUAUCAAUAUCUGCCGUGGUUAUGUCCUAUUUGCAAAAUCCACAGCCAAUGUCACCCCCAUGGUAGCACGCUGUCUCUGCAGGACCAUCCAAGGCAUUGUCUCUGAUUCUAAAGGGCCCAAUGGCGAGAGGGGGGUUAAACCUUUUAUUUAUCUGCACCAUGCUGGAGAACUCAAUUUCACAAUAAACAUAACAAUAGUUAUAA